AUUUACAAAACACUAAUUCUCGAUUCCCAGGUGAGUCUCUCUCGUUCGCUGGCGGCGCCGGAAGAGGCGCUGGUGGCGAUCGAGCUGGACGUGGCGCGCACCUUCCCGGCGCUGAACGUCUUCCGCGAGGGCGGCCCUCUCUGCGCGGCCCUGAAGAGCGUUCUAGCGGCAUAUGCGGUCUUCCGGCCGGACGUGGGCUACGUCCAGGGGAUGAGUUUCCUGGGGGCGGUGUUGGCGCUGAACAUGGAGCCAGCAGACGCGUUCAUUUGCCUGGCGAACAUGCUGAACGGCCCCUGCCACCGGGCGGCCUACGCCCUGGACGGCGAGCGCAUGAUGGCGUACUUCGAGGCCUACAAGGUCGCCCUGGCCGAGUGUCUUCCUCGGCUGCACCAGCACUUCGUCGCGACCGGACUGACGCCCGACCUCUACCUCCUGGACUGGCUGUACACGGUCUACGCCAAGGCGAUGCCGCUGGACGUCGCCUCGCGGGUCUGGGACCUCUUCCUCAGGGACGGCGACGAGUUCCUCUUCAAGGCGGCCCUAGGCGUGCUCCACCGGUACCAGGAUAGACUCCUGGAUCUGGACUUCGUCGGCGGGGCUCAGUUCCUCGCCAGGUUGCCCCAGGACAUGCGGGCAGAUGAUCUCUUCCGCAGCAUCGCCAGGGUGUCCAAUACUCUAGGGCCGGCUUUCGCGGCGAAUCUGGCGCAGAGGGUCGCCUCGUAGCGCUGUGUGGCCUUGAGAAUGGGUUUCCCCGAGACCUGGGGGUCGCCUUGAAGAGGACCUCGAGGAAGAGCCCUGGUACCGCGUUUUAGGACGCAAUGCACCUUGAGGAGAGACGUAUACUCGGAGUUCCUCUUCAGGGUGAUCCUCGGCAUGCUCCACUGGUACCAGGACAGGCUCCUGAACCUCGAUGAAGAGCCCUGGUACCGCGUAUCAGGGCGUAUUACUCCCUGAAGAGGGGUAUAUUCGAAGUUUCACUAGACCACGAGUCCUUCGGGUUGGCUCUUUACCUGUAUCAGGGUAAAUUGGUGGACCUUGACGUCAUCGCGUAUCUGGUUCAGAGGAUCGUACACUGGGAGACAUCGAUGCCCUCCCAUUCUGCACCGGCGAUGUCG